AUGUCAGAACCCACGAUCCUCCUCCCCGGCGACACCAUCCCCCCAACCCUUCUCCCUUCCCCCGCCAGCACCAAACCCCUAACCCUCGGGCCUGGCCUCCGACACAUCCCUCCUUCCACUAUCACCGCCGCCCUCUCCGGCCCCCUCCAUACCGACCCCCGCAAAAACGCCCUGUGGAUUGAGAACAACGGCGGGCGCUACAUCCCCGUAGCCGGAGACCUAGUGAUCUGCAGCAUGCACCACAGCUCCGUGGACGCCUAUCACUGCGUUAUCACACCCUAUACCGCACCCGCAACACUGCCGCAGCUAGCCUUCGAGGGCGCGAGCAAGAAGACCCGCCCCGUGCUGGCGCCGGGCGCGCUAGUGUACGCGCGCAUCAGCGUCGCGGGGAAACACAUGGAGCCCGAGCUCGAGUGCGUGCAUCCCGGCACUGGAAAAGCGGAGGGCCUGGGCCCGUUGAAGGGCGGGAUGGUGUGGGAUGUUAGUCUUGGGAUGGCGAGGCGGUUGUUGCUGCCGCCUGGCAAGAUGAGGGAGGUUGGGGGGUUGGUGCUGCUGGAGGCGUUGGCGGAGAAGGUGCGGUUUGAGGUUGCGGUGGGGAGGAAUGGGAGGGUUUGGGUAGAGGGGGGGAGUGUGGGGGUGACGCUGGCGGUGGGGAGGGCGGUGAUCGAGACGGAUGAGGGGGGUUUGGGGGUUGAGGAACAGAGGAGGUUGGUUGCGAGGGUGUUGAGGGGGAUGUGA